AUGACGCGCGUGGACAAGGCGACAUCGGGUCUCGAUAAAUCGGAUCCGCUCGUCGCUGAAGCUCUACGCAGCGUGCGAGAAAAGAACGCAAGCUAUGAGGUGGGGGCCGAGGCUCAGCUGAGUGCCAACAACAACAACAACAACAACAACAACCACAGGUGUUAUUGCGUUCUGGAGACAUCCGUCGACCGCGAUAAGAAUGCUGGACAGACGUGCGGGUCACCUCCUGAGCGAGACACCCAGCUUGGUGUUCAAGGCCAAGGGCGAGGGUGGGCUCACAGAGCUCCAGCAGCAGUUCACCGGUAUGUAAACGACACCGUUGGCUUUGCUCUGCUCAAGUACCUCUUCGGUGCCCAGCAAAGGGAAAAAUGCGUGUUCAUUGCGUGGGUGGGGGACGACGCACACUACUCCAAGAAGUCCAGGGCGUCGGCGUACAAGGGGGACGUCAUCAAACUCUUCUCCCCCUACAACCUGGCCAUGCAGGCUUCCCACAAGUCUGAAGUGACCGAGAGCGACAUCAUGAACCGGCUGCGGGUGGGCGUCGGCGCCGGCUCGACGCGCCACAGCCUUCAGCCAGGCCAGCUGAAGGACCUGACCCAGUCUGGCGAAUCCCACAACGGCACCAGCAACGGCACCAACGGGGAGGUGAGCGCCACCGACGAGGACAUGCUGGCCUACAACCAGAUGGACCAGAUGAUGAUCAAGCCGCACGACCGCAAGACCAACUUUGCGCUGCCCAAGAAGGAGGAGAAUCACCUCUCGCGCUACAUGAUCCCCGGAUUCAACCCGGCCGCCGCCCUCGACAUGUCGGGCAGCGGCGACGGCGGCGCAUCGAACAGCGGCAACGGCAAUCCGCCGCCCGUGUCGAUGGUCAUCAAGCGGCAGCGGCGGCGGUCGGCCAACAGUCUCUCGUUCUUCGCCGAGUUCCUCCUGCUGCCCAAGGACGUGCAGGAGCAGGAGCUCGACCACCUGGAGACCACGAGCUCCACCUCCACCCUCCAGCAGCAGCACCACCACCAGGAGGCCAUCGAAAAGGCCAAGGCCAACCGGCAGGCCGAGACCGGGGGCCGCGGCAUCCGGCUCAAGCGCAAGAGCCACGACGUGGUGGCCGAAGAGGCGGCGGCGAGCCGCGUGGUAGCGCCGGACUCUCAGCCGGCCGCCGCCACCGACACCACCGCGGCCUCCCAGCAGCCGGCCCCGCGCGCCGACGCCUCGGCGGCGGCCAAGACCGAAACGGCGGAGGCAGCGCCGCCGACAGAGAAGCCGACGGAGGCCGACUCGCCAGCGCCCACGAGCAGCACAGCGGCCACCGCCGUCGCCCGGAGGAUUGCAGCCAAGGCCGGCGAGAACGAGAUGGAAGCCAAAGAAGCGGCGAAGGCGAAGGAGGUGGACACGACCAAGAAGAAGCCGGCUGACGUUCAGGGGACGGUGACGGCCGAGGCCGACGCGCCGACAGGAGCGGCGUCGGCGGUGGCCCCCGCGGCGGCCGACGAACCUGCGAAGAAGAAGGCGCCGCGGGUGGGCCUCAGGUUCGAGAAGCUGGCGGCGGACCAGGAGCCGCGGCCAAGGCACACCCUCAGCGGCAGCCGCACGAGCCGAGACGACCGGCACCCGCUGCACCGCGACAAGGACAGCCACCACCACCAUCAUCAUCACAAGAAGGACAAGAAGGAGAGCAAGGACGACAAGAAGAAGAACGACGACAAGAAGAGCGAGCAGAAGGGCGAGAAAAAGAACGAAGAGAAGAAGGGCGACGAAAAGAAGAAGAAGGAAGAAGAGGGCGACAAGGAAAAGAAGCAGCGGAGAGCGGGUACCACGAUCGUGGCGCCGGGCGGGAACGUGAUCGGAGGCCGCGCGCGGAGCGGAUCAGGCGGGGGCGGCAUCAUGGUGGGCGGGAGCAUGAUCGGAGGCCGGGCGGGGUCCAGCAGCAGCAGCAGCAGCAGCAAGGCGGUGGACAAGGAGGGCGGGAGGGAUCGGAUGGCUCACCUCCACCGCGAGAGGAAUGACGACGCGCAAACAAAGGAGAAGACAAAGGAGAAGGAGGAGGCCGGCAAGACGAGGGCGAAGAGCGGAGGAGACACGGAGAAGGAGGCCGCCGCCGCCACGACGACGACGACGCCUCACAAGAAGGAAAAGCGAGAGAAGAAGGAGAAGAAGACAAACAAGAAGGAGGAGGCCCACAACACGAAGGCGAAGACGAAGACAAAGAGCGGGGACAGCGAGAGGCCCACGGAAAAGGAAAAGGAAAAGGAAAAGAAGAAGGAAAAGGAGAAGGAGAAGAGGAGUGGAGCAGGAGAGGCCGGCGAGAAGGAGCGCGAGAGGGCGAAGGGCAGGGAGGGCGGCAGGAAGGAGGAGGAGCAGAAGGAAGCGAAGAGGGAGCAGAGGAGCGGCGGCGGCGGCGAGGCCGACGACAAGGAAUCCAAGAAGGAGGCCACGACAGGAAAGAAAGAAGAAAGAGAAAGCGGAGGAGAAGAGCAGCGGCGAGAGUAG